ACCAAAUUCAGACCGUAUAACUAUACUAUUUCUUUUUGACAAUGAAGAGAAUUUACGUUUAAUAUUGAUAAAUAUUUUUAAGAAAUUUAACAUGACUACGACAAUUAGAAAAGAACCGAUAAAUUCCGUUUUUCCACUACUUGGAAAUGAAGUUAAACAUUUCGAAGUAUUAAAUAUUGAAGUCCCUACAACGUAUAAUAAAAAAGUAAUGAUUCACGAUUGGCAACUAUACUUAUUGGCAGAGCCACGUGAUACUACUAAUUUUUUUCCACCAAAAGGCCACUUGCACAUGGCCUCGUAUAAGAAUCUGGGUGAUAAAUAUACAAAAACGGGAAUUUCCGAAACUCAUGCGAUGCUAGAGCAAAUAAAAACAAAGUGUCAACAAGCCGAUUGCCAAUUAACGAGAUCGGCAAAUCGUAACCAGAACUCAAAAAUUAAUGGUAUGGAAAAAUAUACUGGCGAUUACGGAUACAAGAAUUAUCGAACGACAACAGAAAUCGAUUAUCCCUCGCACUUUUCGAUGACGCCUAAAAAAGUAUCCACGUACAAAGUGCCUUUUCUUAUGAAUCGUCGCACAAUCGGUCACGAUUCUCUAAGCUUCGAAAAUUCACCUGGCAUUCGGACAUUCGUAGACGACGAUAUGGAACUUCACGAUAAAAUCGCUGACUUGAAAAUGCAUCGUCACGUGUCAUACGAUCCGAUCGUCAAAAGUUAUACAGAUGUUUGCAAGUACAAAAGAAUUCGCAUGAAUGCGUAAUGCAUUUUCGUAUAAAAUGACUUUAUUC